AUGCUAAGGGUAAAUAGGCCGGGCUUUAUUGAGAUCGAGUCUUCGCUCAAUCGUACUAUCGUGUGGUAUUUUAGGAAAAAUAUCGAUAAUGUGACAAGUUACCGAGCUUUCCUAAAUUCAAUAGAGUCCGAAUUAGUCGCGAAAUUACGCGAGUGCGGGCGUAUUAACCCGAUCAAAUACAACCUGAAAUUAGAGGCCACAUAUGUCGUACCAAAUUUACACAAUUCAGAUCAAAACCGUGCGUUUAAAACUUCGGCCCGCGAAUUAUACGUGCACAGUAAUGUCGAGGCUUUGGUCGAUCGCGAUUUCACAAGGCUCCUGGGGGAAGAAGACUCUUACGCCGGAAAGUAUAGCGGGUUCACCUUAUCGUGUAUCGACGGACUGCUCUUGGGUGUGUACGAAUAUACGCCUAUGGGGGGAUCGUCGUACUUACCGUUGCCGGAGAGUAUUCUGAACCGGAAAGCAGUCGUCAACCCUAAAAAUAUCGACCGGCAAUGCUUCAAGUGGGCGAUCCUCGCCAAACACGUGUCACAUGACAAUCGCACACGAGUAGCAAGUCCGCAAAAAAAUAGCCAUGAUCAUCGUUUAUUUUUCUGCAAGAGAUGCUUCGCCAGCUUCGACAAUCAACCUCUGAAAUAUAAAUUGCACGGCGAACGGGCGUUGGCUAAGCAUCGAUUGUUAUGCGGUGAGCACAAACCCGUAUUACCUCUAAUGCCUAAAGAAGGGGACACGCUAAAAUUCGAGGCGUGGCGUAAGACUGAACGUCUACCGUUCGUAGUGUAUGCCGACUUUGAAGCCCUACUACUGAAAACGGACCGGAGACAAGGCGCGAAUACCACUGCGAUACACACACACCACCCCAUGAGUUACGGCUACCUGGUCAUCGCAGCGGAGGGGGUGCCGACAGACUUGUUCGACCAGUACGAUAUACCGCGGGCUCCGGUCAUUUUCCGUGGUUCGGUGACCGAUGACGAUGUGGCCGAGCGUUUUGUCAGCGACGUGCUCUGCGUGGCCGAAAAGAUAGCCAGAUUAUACAAGGAAGUAAUUGUACCGAUUAUUAUGAGUGUUGAGGAUAGUCGCGUGCACGGCGUCAAGAAAAUGUGCGACUUGUGUGGCUGUGCGUUUAGUGAGCGCAACUGUAAAACAGCACACCACGACCACUUGUCGGGACGUUUUCUGAAAACGUUGUGCAACACGUGCAACCUCAAAUUAAAAACACCUAAUUUCGUGCCGUGCUACCUGCACAAUCUGUCCAAUUACGACGCGCAUUUUAUCGUGACGAAUUUGGCGAACGGGGGUGACACUAACAGAAUUUCGGUAAUAGCGAACACCGAGGAGAAAUAUAUCUCAUUCUCGAGGUAUAUUAACAACUCGUUCUCCGUCAGGUUCAUAGACACGUGCCGGUUCAUGGCGUCGAGCUUGGCACACUUGGCGGAGAACCUCACCACCGCAAAUUUCGACAAGUUUCGCGAAGUCGCGAAAGUGUUCGCCCCUUCGGAGAUGGAGUUGGUCACGCGGAAAGGCGUAUACCCGUAUGAAUAUACAGAUUCGUGGGAUAAAUUGGACGCUACGUCGCUGCCGGAUAAGUUCCAAUUCUACAGCGCGUUGACGGAGACGCACGUGAGCGACGAGGAUUAUAGUCACGCGACCAGAGUCUGGAAUCAUUUCGCCUGCACCUCACUCGGCGCUUAUAGCGAUUUAUACCUUAAAGUCGACGUGGUGUUAAGCGCCGACGUGUUCGAGAAUUUCAGGGAUAUAUGUAUGGCCACAUAUCACCUGGACCCCGCGCAUUACUACACGUCGCCCGGAUUCAGUUUUGACUGCAUGCUAAAGUUUACAAAAGUUCAACUUGAACUUUUAACUGAUUUCGAGAAAGUUCUGUUUACUGAGGCAGGGACGCGCGGGGGUCUGGUGCAGGCUAGUAGGCGUCACGCUCGUGCCAACAAUCCCGCGACGCCGGGAUACAAUGCCGACGAACCUAGCACGUCUCUCAUAUACUUGGAUGCAAACAAUUUGUACGGGUACGCGAUGUGCAAGUAUAUGCCUAUUAGCGAUUUCACAUGGUACCCAGGGAAUCCGGAAGUCGCGCUGGCCCAGCUGGAGUGGAUGGGCGAGACGGACGACGUGGGUAGAAUUUAUGAAGUAGACAUCUCGUAUCCUCAACACCUGCACGACGCCCACAACGAUAUGCCGUUCUUGCCCCACGCCAGCAUACCACACGGGUCCUCAGUGCGAAAGUUGAUGGUCACUUUUUUGAGGAAAGAACGUUAUGUAGUUCAUUAUAUGAAUUUGAAACAGGCCAUGGCCCACGGUGUGGUAGUCGAAAAAACACAUAGAGUAUUGGAGUUCCGCCAAUCCCCGUGGUUAGCGCCAUACAUCAAUUUUAACACCGAAUUACGCAGACAGGCGGCGAACAAAUUUGAAGAACAAUUUUUUAAAGAUUUGAAUAAUUCAGUGUUCGGGAAAUCGAUUGAAAAUAUGCGGGCCAGAUUCAACUUGGAACUCGUAUCUUGCCCCGCCAGGAUGCGAAAGCUGAUAAACCGUCCCACAUUCAAGUACUGCACGACGUACAACGAAAAUCUAUCGGCGGUCACGCAGCACAGUAAAGAAGUGGAUUUCUGUAAGCCGAUAUAUAUAGGAUUUACCGUACUGGAACUCAGCAAAGUUCUAAUGUACGGAUUUCACUAUGACGUUAUGAAGAGACAUUACGGAGAUAAGAUCGAAUUACUUUACACAGAUACCGAUUCACUAUUCUACCGCGUGGUGACAGACGAUUUUUACGCCGACUUGAUAGACAACCCAAAUCUGAUGCGGUUCAUGGAUACUUCCAAUUUGCCGAAAGACCACAAAUGUUAUUCAACUUUGAGGAAACGGGUGCCGGGUCUUUUUAAAAACGAAACCAAUUCCCGUACAGUCUACGAGUAUGUCGCGUUACGAGCGAAAUCGUAUGCAUACGACGUGGAACAGGAGGUCACAAUUCGCUCGAAGGGUGUCAUGAGGCACGUUAUUAGAAAUCACCUCACAUUCGCCGAGCAUAAGAGGUGUUUGUUUGCCGACGUGGACGACGAUGCGGAAUCCGACGAGUGCGACGACGAAUUCGACGCAAAUAUGGGGAAAAUGUUCGCUGCCGAUUCCGCACUUAAAGCUGUCGCUCAAAUUCAUCGGAACGCCUCAACCGGCUCAACCAACUCGUCGACGACGGUUGCGGCGGCGGCGGCCACGCAUCCAUCCCACGUCUACAGCUACAUGCCAUUCACGCCGUAUAGGGAAAAUGUGUCUAUACGCUCGUUUAAGCACGAGUUACGCACAAUUAGAUCUAUGAAACUCGUCUUGAACAGGGCAGACGACAAGCGUUACGUGUUACCGGACAACAUUUCGACGUACGCGCACGGUCAUCACCGCAUAAAUUAUUAA